CACAAAGCAGUUAGCUUUGAUUUGAUUUCUCUAGACGGAGCUUUCUUGCUUACAAUUUCGCUUGUGCCACGUAACCGCAACCGCCAAGAAUCGGUUCGAGCUUUCCGAGAUAUUCGAUCGGUCCUGCCUGCAAACACCUCACUAUGAAAGGUGAAAACAGCGUACUUACAAUUCGGUUUAUUCUUUUGUCCGAGCGCAUGAGAAAGAAGAAGAACUCUAGCCAUCCACGACCGCAUGAUAAAGACGACAUCGGUUUUUUUGUUUCUGAUCUUCUCACGUUUUGUUGGUUUUCAGAGGUCGAGAGUCGGAGUAAGUAGUUUGCAGUGCAGUUAGCAGUUUUUUCUAUUUAGUACAAUUUGAUUCUGAACCCAUCAUGACACCUCCAGUGGCCCAAAUUUGGCUCCGCGAUUAAACUUAACUUUCACAUUAAUAUUUUCUCUGUACUACAAUUGUAAUUGAUCUCGCAGUGUCGUGUAUAGUAUACAGCACUGUAGUCUUCGUAGUUCUACUUUCUCAUUUCAUCUUCCCGAAAGACCACCUAAAAAUUUUCGCCCACUUCUGAGCCCCCCUUCCAAGCCCAUCAGCACAAACCAUGUCGAAGCCCGCCACGUUCGAGCCGAUGCAGUGGUCGAAGCCGGUGAUGACCGACUUGCGCCGCGAGCGUCGCCGCGCGAACUUUGACAUUUGGGACUUGACCCAGUUGAUUUACGGUGGCCAGGAGAAUUUGAAGAAAGUUGAGGACCAGGUCAAGCUCGUCAUGGCGGAGCCCCGCCUGCAAGCAGACGACCUCUGGUACAUCAACCGGCAAGAGCGGUACUACCGAGCCUGCGAACGAGCGCGGAUUUUCGUGAAGAUUGUGCGCGAGAACCGCAUUCCGUUCGAGGAAAGGGGGCCGCUGGAGAUGCUGCUGGGCGAAGACUUGUUCAUCUUACUGCACGACGUCAUGUUCCUCCCCUCGUUGAUCAAUUUGGCGGACGAAGAGCAGCAGUCCUGGUGGCUGGAGAAGGCGCUCAACUACGAAUACGUCGGUAUUAUAUGGGAUAGAAAAAUUUGUGAUGCUGGUGCCGAUGAAACAAGGGUCUGCUUCGUCAUGCCAUCUUCCAGUGGCUCUACUUUCAGUAGACGUCUUUCAAUUAUGAUUUGGGUUGCAUAAAUUUGAAAAAUCUCCAUAGCUAAAAUCAUCGUUAAAAAAUUUGUUUUUGUUUCAGGUACCUACGCCCAAACCGAGUUGACCCACGGGUCGAACGUGCGCGGGAUGGGGACCCAGGCAGUCUGGGACGGGACUUUGUACAACGGUGACGGCGGGUGGCGGGUGCACACCCCGUCGCUGGAAGCGAUGAAGUGGUGGCCCGGCGGGAUGGCCAAGAGUUGCAACUGCGUCAUUUUGAUGGCCCGGGUGAUCAUCAAGGGGAAGGAUUACGGACCCCAUCCAUUCUUCUUUCAGGUGGAACAACCGUCAGAUUUUUGUCGUAAUUUUGCGGUAAUAGAUUGAUUCGUUACUGCUUUGUGAUGCACGUGAUCUACUAACUUCCAGCAGACGACAAGGCAUUGGUACUAUACUUUUUUGUGAACAACAAGAAGAUGAUGCAAGAGUUCAUUACAACCGUCGAAAACUAUUCCCCAGAUCCGCGACUGGAACACGCACGCGACGCUCCCUGGUUUGGAGCUCCGUGACAUCGGGCAGAAGCUGGGCUAUAACGGCAUGGACAACGGGGGCUUGUACAUUACCGAAGCUAUCAUCCCCCGACGAAACUUGUUAAUGAAGUUUGUGAACGUCGUAUCCUAUGUAAAAACGCCCCCACCUCCCCAUUGUUGUAAUGCAAGGCUUCAUGCUGAAAACGUUUCUCAUGCGGAGCCCCAUGACAGCCAUUUUCUAAUGCUAUCUGGUACUUUGUCAUGCUGGAAUCAGGAUAAGGUAGCCAAAUUGUCAUGCGGCUGCACAACUAGCUACCCCAGGGUUACACUACGAACCCAAACUUGUCAUGCUCGACAGCCAAAACUUGGGGAUGUGUGUUGCAGAUUUGACAACUUGACUCUGUGGUGGGGACGUUUUUACAAAGGAUACGUGGACCGGGACGGGAACUACAAAAAAGUCGGCAACCAAAAGAUGCUGUUCGGCACCAUGACCUACACACGCUUGAAAAUCUCCUCCUCCUCUGGCGUGCACUUAGCGAAAGCGGUCACCACCGCCGUCCGCUACUCCGCGGUGCGCAGGCAGUUUCAGAUGCAGCGGGUCCAACUCGGGUCAGACGACCACUCUGCCAAUUUCGGGGAGGAAAACGUUGUGUCCCAGCUGCAAAAGAUCACCAAACCAAGCAAGCGGAGCGAGGCACAGGUACUAUAAAAGUGAAGAGCAUGUUCAUGUUGAUAUCAUGUGUCUGCAUAAGCAUGAUGAAUGUGAAUUGAAUCUGGUGAUAUGCAGCAGUUCUUGGUAGUUCGAGUCAAGUCUUUUGGUUUAUUUCUCCCAUUUCUGCAUGAUCCGCAACCGCAUCACAAAUUCACAAAAGCAUCCUACUUCUAGAUCCUCGACUAUUCCAGUCAGCAGUUCCUGAUUUUCCCCCAGCUGGCGCUCUCCUUCGCGUUGCACUUCUCAGGGUUGAUGGCGGGGAAACUGUAUGACAUCGCAAUUAGGGAAUUCCGGGGCAACAAAUUUGACAAGCUGCAGGAAAUGCACUGUCUGACCUCCACGUUAAAAGCGGUGAACACUAUAUCAACUGUAAAAAUUUCUGGGUCUGGAAAGGUGGAACUUGUAAUGCUAACUUUGGACUCUAAAAAAAUCUGUAUUGCAUGACCAGCAAGAGGAGCCACAUUUGUGCUACGCAAGGAGGGCAUUUGUCAUGCGGAAAUGGCAUCAGAUAGCUUUCCAAAAAUCUGUGAUGCUGGGUCAUGCAUUACAAGCAUCAUGGGUCACGCCAGACAAGCAUGACAAGCCUUCCAUUCUUCCAGACCCAGACAUUUUUGCAUUUGAUACACCAUGCUGGCGGUCGAUGGCAUGGAACAGUGCCGGAAGUCUAUCAUUUGUAAAAACGUCCCCUCCACCCCAGAGUUGUAAUGCAAAUGUGCAUGCAUAAAAUGUUUCUCAUGCGAAGCCCCAUGAGAAGCAGUUUAUAGUGGUGCUUUGAGAUUUGUCAUGCUCAAAUCAGCAUGCUGCACUAGAUCUGCGAUGCUGCUGCACUAGCUAAACAGGAUGACACUACGAGGACAAACUUGUCAUGCGAAACAACUGAAGCUGGUCGAUUUGUCUAGCAGAUUUCCCAUCUUGACUCGGGUGUGGGGACGAUUUUACUCAGGAUAAAGUCCCUCGGAGGCCACGGGUACCUGAACUGCGCGGGGGUCGGCCCGAAUACCAUGUCCGUUUUGCCGCAGGCCACGUAUGAGGGCGAUUUUGUGGUGCUCAGUAUCCAGGUAUAUCAUGAUGAAUCUCGAGUGUUAUUGAACGUAACAUUCAUCGUUGAUCUUUGAUGUAGUUGGAAAAUAAAUGUUGUGGGUCAAUUGUCCUUAAAUGCAUGAUAUCUCCGGGUGGGUCGAUGCUUGUGAUAGACGAAACUAUUGCGCUCGCUCGUAAAAGUAAAUUUCUCAUCUUCAUAUCCCAAACUACAUCCAGGUUGGCCAAGUGCUCCUCGGCGCUGUGACCGCAAAAAUGAUGAAGGGCAAGAAGACGAAUCCGCACACUCCCCUCCUCCAGUACAUUUACGACUUCGAUCCCAUGGCGGAGCACAAGCCCCCGACGGUCGACGAACUGGAGGAGCAGAAAUUGCUCGAGAACCACGAUUUCCUGUUUGACUGCCUCAAGCGCCGUGCCAACUGGAUGCACUACAGUACGGCGGAAGUUUUUCAGGAGGCGGUCAUGGCCGCGGGCGGGAAAAUCGGACCGAAUACACUGGAUGAGGUACUCCAACGGAUAUACGUAUUUGGAAGAACAAAGUCUUUGAUUUUGUCAUUUUUACUCCCUGGAGGCAACAACACAAGCACUGCUUCUACGCGACAAAGACUACUACACGUACAUCGAAAACCAGCAAAUGGGUUCUUUCUCAACAUGCAAAGUCGGUAAAUACACAUACAGAACGAUCUCGAUCUUCACAAAAAACAAAUGCCAAAAACGUUUUUCAUUCCUGAACACAGGUAAAGAUCGAGAUGAUGCGCAUGACCUACUCCCACGCCUACGUGAUGUACGCGUUGGCCUUCCGCGAGACCCUGGCCGAGGCGUCCAAGACCGUGCAGACCGCGCUCAACCCCUUGUACCAGCUCUACUGCCUCACCGUGAUCGAUUCCGGGUACGACAAGGGCGGCGGUCUGGGCGACUUCAUCGCCUGCGGGGCGCUGCCCGGGGGGGACCGGAAGAUCUCGGCUUUAAUCACGAAGGAGAUCAAGAAGUGUUUGCAAAUGAUCCGGCCCCAGGCCGUCGCGUUGGUGGACGGAUGGAACUUUAUCGCAAGAAAAAAGUGUUGCAGUUACACAUGGUGUUGCAGGCCAAGCAAGACAGACAAGCUCUGUCAUGCCGGAUAUGCAUAGCAGCCUCGUUUCAUAGGUGUUUUCCCGUAGGAUUUCUGCAUUACAAGUUUUCUCUCUCAUCCAGAGAAAUUUGUGUUGCUAAACUGACUCUAAAUGUGUAACUGCGGCACUCUUUUCGUUGGAUAAACUUCCCGGACUUUUUAUUGAACUCCGUGUUGGGCAGAUACGACGGUAAUAUUAUUUUUCACGUAUUUGUUAGUUCUUCACAAAAUCUUGUGCUGUUCAGUUUCAAUUGAAAAUGUGUCAAGAUUUGUCAUGCAUUUUCGUGCGACACGGUCAUCACGAAGGAAGCAGUUUCUAAUGCGGGUGAAUGUUGUGCAGACGCAAUACGAAUACAAUAUUGAUGAAAUACGACAGGUCGUGUCUACGAAGCUUUGUACGAGCAGACAAAGAAAGAGCCGCUCAACAAGCGGGAUAUCACCGACGGUUACUACGAUCACCUGCAGUACAUGAUCCAUCCGGAGCGGGAGACGAACCCCAACCUGGUGCAAACAAGGGGCGACGUUGUGGACCAGACCGCCGAGAGGAGGAAAACGUUGGAGGUCGCGGCGAAAUUGUAACUGCGCGAAGAGGCCGAGGUCGUGGUCAAUGUGCUCUUACAAGAAGUGAUGACCCUCAUGAUCCUCUAUACCGUUAUUUCAAUGUUGGCCCCUUCGUCCCAUAACGAUAAUGUAUGUUGAUCUGCCCUAAACCAUAUUUUCAAGAGUCUUCUCUAUCUUUCGAUGCGACAGGUGAGUAGUAUACGUGAAGUUGUUGGUCCACUGCUGGCUCUCACCCAAUUCUACAAUUUUGUAAUUCGACUUCACAACCAUUUUCCAGCGCUAGCAGUGGUAACUUUAUUUUCACGGAAACAUCAAAGCGCCGGGUUUCGAUUUUUACCUCCCAAAAAAUACGUAGACAAACAGAUUUGUAGUGUACCUGUCUACUUUCACUUUGUAUCAACGAUCUUAAUACAAAAUGUAAAUGUAGUGCCCAAUCAACAGGAGAUUAAUAUCAUCUUCACAAACAAUUUUUACAUGAGUAGGAGCACAGUACUACACGUUUCAAAUCCAUAUAGAGGUUCACGGUGAAUGGCAGCAAAUAUUUUUAGCACCUCUCGAUAUUAUAAGAAUAAGGUGGGUCAACAUCUUCCUGUAAAAUCUGUAUAUAUCCUAGUAUCUGUAUCAACCACCUUCCCGGACACACCUCAACUCACGAUUUACGUAGUCGUAGCCCAGUGCAGUUGUUGAACCGAAAUUUUGUGUACGAUGGCCAGACAACACGAAAAUAUAUGCCCAAGAACGACCUUCUCUUGAGAAAAUGUCCAGCGCAUUUUAUCAUGCCGCAUGGUAUUUAUCUUGCUUCUCCGAGGGAACGUUGUUGUUUACGACGGGAGCUGUUCGUUGUGUACGGCCGAACCAUUUCAAAAGCGAAAAGUUACCGAGUAAAGACCUUCCGAGAGAGCAGAAGCCAAAAGUCCGAGAGAG